CGCGCCGCGCCGCCGCGCCGUCCAUGCACCGCUUGAUGGGGGUCAACAGCACCGCCGCCGCCGCCGCCGCCGCCGGGCAGCCCAAUGUCUCCUGCACGUGCAACUGCAAACGCUCUUUGUUCCAGAGCAUGGAGAUCAGUGAGUGACCCCGCGCCCCCCUCCCCGGAGGCCCCGUCAGCGGAGCUGGAGUUCGUUGAGAUCACCAUCAUCGUGGUGGUGGUCAUGGUGAUGGUGGUGGUGAUCACGUGUCUGCUGAGCCACUAUAAGCUGUCCGCUCGCUCCUUCAUCAGCCGGCACAGCCAGAGCAGGAGGAGGGAAGACGCCUUGUCCUCGGAAGGAUGCCUCUGGCCCUCAGAGAGCACGGUGUCAGGCAAUGGAAUUCCAGAGCCGCAGGUGUAUGCCCCACCCCGGGCCACCGACCGCCUGGCUGUGCCCGCCUUCGCCCAGCGGGACCGCUUCCACCGCUUCCAGCCCACCUACCCGUACCUGCAGCACGAGAUCGAUCUACCACCCACCAUCUCGCUGUCGGACGGGGAGGAGCCCCCGCCCUACCAGGGCCCCUGCACGCUCCAGCUGCGGGACCCCGAGCAGCAGCUGGAGCUGAACCGGGAGUCGGUGCGCGCACCCCCGAACAGAACCAUCUUCGACAGCGACCUGAUGGAAAGUGCCAUGCUGGGCGGCCCCUGCCCCCCCAGCAGUAACUCGGGCAUCAGCGCCACGUGCUACGGGGGCGGCGGGCGCAUGGAGGGGCCGCCCCCCACCUACAGCGAGGUCAUCGGUCACUACCCCGGCACCUCCACUUUCCAGCACCAGCAGAGCAGCGGGCCGGCCUCCUUGCUGGAGGGCACCCGGCUGCACCCCGCACACAUCGCCCCCCUGGAGAGCACAGCGGCCUGGAGCAAAGAGAAGGAUAAACAGAAGGGACACCCCCUCUAGGAGUCCCGAGGGCGGGCCGGGGCCGCAGUAGGUAAAACCGCAAAUCACUCCGCACUUCUUGAAAGAAAAGAGAGGAGGCCGGGGCGACACACAGAAAAUGCGACGCGUAACCAUCCUCCUCCCCCCCUCCCCCACCUCUCUGUGUAUAAAUAUUUACGUGUUCUGUCUGGUCUGAAUGCACAAGCUAAGAAAGCUUGCAAAAAAAAAAAAGGCAAAAAAAAAAAAAAAUCCCAUGUUUCUUUGUUGAGCUGUGUCUUGAAGGCAAAAGAGAAAAAAAAUAUUCUACACUAGUCUUUUCUGUUUCUAGUUGAGCUGCGUGCGUGAAUGCUUACUUUCUUUUGUUUAUGAUGAUUUCACUUAACUUUAAAGACAUAUUUGCACAAAACCUUUGUUUAAAGAUCUGCAAUAUUAUAUAUAUAAAUAUAUAUAAAAUAAGAGAAACUGUAUGUGCGAGGGCAGGAGUAUUUUUGUAUUAGAAGAGGCCUAUUACAAAAAAAAGUUGUUUUCUGAACUACAAGAGAAAAAAAAAUGGCAAUUUUUGAGUGCCAACUGAGAAAGUGUGUAUUACCUUGUAAAGAAAAAAAAAACUACAAAGCAGGGGUUUAGAGUUAUUUAUAUAAAUGUUGAGCUUUUGCACUAUUUUUUAAUAUAAAUAUGUCAGUGCUUGUUUGAUGGAAACUUCUAUCCACGUGUGUCAAGACUUUUAAGGGAGAAAUGUCAGAAUUUCCCAGUCAACUUCAGGCAGAGCGUGGGUUCCACGCUGGGGCUGGAGAGAGGCUCCCCAGGGCUGACCUCCUGCAGAGUAGAAGCUUUCAUCUAGUGAUAGGUUAUUACCUCGAUCUACAUUCCCUCCUGAAGGAGACGUGUUUAGCCCUCCUCUGGGCCAGGACAGCCUUUGGAUCGCAAAUGAAAUAGGAAAAGUUAACUCCAGGCCCCAAGUUCCAGGAAGGUGGGCUUUGCUCUUCCCGAAAUGAAGAUUAACUGUUACUGAAGGAAUCUUAGUUUUUGUUUUUUGGUUUUUUUUUUCUCUUCUUUUUUGAACCAUGAAGGUCCCCAUAGGAAGGGGCUCGCCAAGGUGCUCCCUGCCUGCAUCGCCAGGGCCCCGCCAGAGGCAGUUAGGUGGUUCAGAUGUGCAGGGUGCUUCGGCAGUUCAGCCGGCUCCACACUGCACCAGCUGAGGUGGGUGCAGCCUGCUGGCGUGUAGGAAAGGCCCAAAGGACUAGCUGCGUGACCUCACCCCUGUCUUUAUAUCGGUUCUCAUGUAACAGGCCCAUAGCCAGAAGACCAGAGAGGAAAGAGCGGUAUGCCCAGGUUUCUCCCAGGACACUGCGAAAGGGUGAAAAUGAGAAAAACCGUCAAACCAACACAAACUCAAGCUUUAGGAUGUAGAAGCAGAAUUCUUCCCCUUCUCUCUUUUCGCAUUUUCAUUCCCUUCCCCGUGGAAACCAUCGUUUUUGGUGUCUUUGUGUGUCUGUUUUCACAAGCGUCUUUGUCAGACACAACUCUUGUUUACCAGGAUUUUACUGCUUAGAUAUUGGUGGGACCCCUCGCUGGUGGCAUGUGUGUGUGUAGAUGGAGAUGACCGGGAGAGAGUUGAGCCAAUGAGAGUCCUUCCUGCCACCAAGGACGGGCUCAUAUUCCAUGCGGUGACACCCCUGGCAAGAGAGUAGCACCCCCCUCCCCGCCCCACCCAUCCCGCAGAAGUGUCUCUUCAUUUUCGACAGAAUCCCGACUAGUCGGUUAACAGAAAGGAAAAGGAAAAGAGGCAAUAACUAUUGUUUUAAACAACCUUUUUUAUUGCUUAAAAACCUUGAGAAGAGUUUUGAAGUUCUGACCAUUUGAACUAUUUCUAUUAUAUACCUUUUAAGAACAUGGUGACCAAUAGGUGUGACCGAGGUGUCUGAGUGCCCGCUCACCAGCCUGGCAGAAAGUUCUGGUCCCUUGACAAUAAAACCUGCCUCUCUGCGGGGUCUUCAGCCUAACCUCUGCCUCUCUCUUGAAGAUUCUUUGUAAAGGUCAUUCAUGCAGAGACAUCCCUAGAGUUUGUCCUGAAAGGUACAGGGGACACAUUUAUAAAGUUUUUUUAAAAAAACGUAUCUUUCCUUUAUGUGAAGCGUCUCCCUAGUGCCUUACUGAGGAAGCGGUUGACCCCUUCUGUCCCCAGGCAGCAGCGUUCCUGGACAGCGCCCUUACACACCCGGGCCUGCCUUUCUCACUCGUGGGCGACAGAGGUGACUGCUUUAAAAACGCCCCCAUCACCCUCGUGCCGGGCCCCACCCAUCCUCCUUCCUCCCUGGCUGUGCCUCCCUUGGUCAGGCCACCCCUCCAGCCGCCUGUCAGUACUUAACUCCUAUCCGGGUCAAAAGCCUAGAUGCGGACCUUGUUUCUAGAGUUAGAUGAAGGCCAGACCGAGGGGUCCCUGAGGUCCCCCUGGGGUCCUUCCUCUUGAGCCAAAACUUGCAUCUUGUUGCUGGGGUUGUGAGGGGGAAUGUGUGGUCUGCAUUUGCCAGAUGGGCAACAAAUUAGAAAAGGAAGCAGGGGCGGGGGUACUGACCUCAGCUGGCUUGAGGGCAGAGCAUCCCUCUCCUUGUGCCCCAGUAUUGUAGUCCAGUCCUCGGUGCCAGAGUAUCAUGCCUGGGCUCCAGGCCCAGCAGACGACAGUUGCAGAAGUUCACGGUAGAGCAACUUGUCAGGGCCAGGGCACCUCCCAAGAAGACUAUGGGUGUGUUUCUGCAGAGCUCUUGGUUUCCCUGCCGAACCCAGAGCCCUGAGGAUACAGCCUUCCUCUCGGUGUUGGCUGUCAUGCUCUUACUCUUGAAAAGCCUUUGAGCAUCCCUUAGGAGGGCCCCCUUUUCCAGGAGAAGGUUGAAGGGGAGGGGUCCUCAGCAGUGGCUGGUUGGAGGGGGACCAGGCUGGGCUCAGAGAAGGUGGCAGAGCUCAGCUUUUUCAACUCACGUUAUUUCCCUGUUUUUCCAUCAUCAUAUUUCCUGUGGAGGAAAAGUUUCCCCCGCAAAGCCCAGGUCUACACAGAUGGCCUUAGCAGAGUGCACUCAGAGCCGUUCGCUCCCUCACGUUUUUGCCAGGAGCUGAAAGCGACUCCCCUCCACCUCUAGCGAACACCGGGGCAGGCCAAGGACCGAACCCAUUCCCCUCCUUGUCUGUCUGCUCUGUGAAUUGUACAUUUCAGAGAAUUUUUUUUUUUCUACAUGCAACACCAAGCUUCCAGAUCCAUAAAACAUCCUGGUGAUAAAGGAGAGAAAAAUGUUCAGUUUGGUUUUCCGGAAACUGCGCUUCAAAUUUUGCUGUACUAUAGAGCUCAGGAGGACCUGCUGCGCUCUCAUUUGCCUGCCUGAUUCCACGGUGGUUGUGCUGAUGGCGACGCUUUUACGUUGCUCCCUUGGUGUUGGAACCGCUCUCUUUUGCAGCCCCGUUUCCCAAGUUCUGUUCAAGUUACAUGUGUGUAAACUCCGUGGCACGCUGGGUGCAGUGCCCACGUUGCUGCUGCGUAAGACUCUGUAUUUGGAUGCCAAUCCACAGGCCUGAUGAAAUCGCUUGUUGUGUAUCAGUAAUCAUUAGUGGCAAUGAUGACAUUCUGAAAAGCUGCAAUACUUAUACAAUAAAUUUUACAAUUCUUUGGA